AUGGCAGGCGGAGCCAAGAAGCCCGUCAACAUCUUCCGCCUGAAGAACUUGGGUGAGCCCAAGGAGGUUUUCAACUGGAGGCUAUGGUUCGCCGUCGUCUCCUUCGGCUUGAUGGGUGCUGCCCGCGGUAUCGAUGAGGGUCUCAUCUCUGGCGCUUUCAACUCCAAGGACUUCCAGCGCUACAUCAACUACAGUUCCUACAGCACGGUCGAGCAAACCAACAUCAAGGCCAAUGUCUCUUCCAUGGUUCAGAUUGGUUCCGUCGGUGGUGCUCUAUUUGCUUUCCUGGUUUGUGAUCGCAUCGGUCGCAUUUGGGCUACUCGUCAGCUGUGCCUUAUCUGGAUCAUCGGCGCGGCCAUUUUCAUGGCCAACAAGGGCAACCUUGGUGCGGUCUAUGCUGGUCGAUUCGUGGCCGGUCUAGGUGUGGGUCAGACGGUGGUCGUGGCUCCAGUCUAUCUUGCGGAAAUUGCUCCGGCAGCCAUUCGGGGUCUCUGCACCUGUGUGUUCACCGGUUUUGUCUACCUCGGCAUCGUGCUUGCCUAUUUCGCGAACUAUGGAUGUCAAGUGAACAUGAGCGAUAACACUCACAAGCGCUGGGAGGUUCCUACCAGUCUCCAUGUCAUCUUCGCCGGGCUGAUCUUCUGCCUCUCCUUCUUCCAAUACGAGUCCCCUCGCUAUCUGAUCAAGCGAGGUCAGGUCGAUAAGGCCAUUGACAACCUCUCUCGUAUCCGAAACUUACCAGCCGACCACGAGUAUGUGGUUCGUGAAAUCACCGCCAUCCAAACCGCGCAUCAAAUCGAGAUGGAGGCUACUAUGGGUUCCGGUCCUCUGGGUAUCAUCAAGGAGACAUUCCUGGUCCCUUCUAACCUCUACCGCGUUUACCUAGCCCUGAUGGCGCAGAUUCUGUCGCAGUGGUCAGGUGCCGGAUCGAUCACCGUCUACGCUACCGACCUCUUCAAGCUCUUGGGCAUCACUGGUAGUAACGAGAACCUGCUCGUGACGGCUGUCUUUGGAAUUAUCAAACUGGUGGCAGCUAUUCUGUGUGCUCUGUUCCUGGUCGACGUCAUCGGUCGUAAGCGUGCUUUGUUGAUUGGAAUCACCUUGCAGGCAAUCUCGAUGUUCUACAUCGCCGGAUUCCUGACUGCCGUGCCCGAGAUGGGCGUAGUAAAGGGUUUCAAGCUUCCCGAAAACAAGAAGGGCGCUAGCGAGGGCGCGAUCGCUAUGAUCUUCAUCUCUGGUUUCGGUUGGGCUCUUGGCUGGAACUCCAUGCAGUACCUGCUCACUGCCGAACUGUUCCCUCUGCGUAUCCGUGCCCUGGCCACCUCCUUGGCUAUGACCUUGCACUUUGCAAACCAGUAUGGCAACUCCCGUGCUGUGCCCAACAUGCUGCUUCCUGUCUCCGAGGGCGGUAUCAGCCCCAAGGGAACCUUCUGGUUCUUCGGUGUCAUCACCCUCAUCGGCGGUGUGUGGGUCUGGUUCAGCAUUCCCGAGACCGCAGGUCGGAGCUUGGAGAGCAUGGACCGACUAUUCGAGCUGCCAUGGUACAAGAUUGGCCGGUACGGUAACCAGGAUGCCGAAGAGCGCGAUCAGGUUAUUGAUGAGAAGAUGGAGGCUAUGGUAUCCCAGCACGGCACUGCGCAGCAUGUCGAGCGACAGGAUGCAUCGACUCGCGUUUGA